AUGAUCAUUCAAUCUAUAAGUAAAGGAGAAAGAUGUGAUGAUUUAACAGUCCAAGCCUUGCAUACUUGUUUGAGAAAUCUUUUGCAUGAUGAGAAGUUUUUGCUGGUUCUAGAUGACGUGUGGAAUGAAAAUCGUGUUAAAUGGAUUGAGUUAAGGGAUUUAUUAAGAUCAAGGGGUGAUUUAUCCGAAAGUAAGAUCAUUGUGACUACUCGGAGCUUGAAGGUUGCCUCGAUAAUUAGUUCAACUCGUCCUUAUGAAUUGAAAGGUCUCCCUCUUGAAGAAUGUUUGACUUUGUUUACAAAAUGGGCUUUCAACGACGGUGAUGAGAGCCGGUAUCCUAAUCUCAUGAGAAUCGGGGAGGAAAUGGUGAAGAAAUGCAAAGGGGUUCCAUUGGCAGUGAGAACAUUGGGAAGCCUACUGUUUUCGAAAACUGAUGCAUCCGAAUGGAUUUCUAUAAGAGAUAGUGAAAUAUGGAGACUCGAGCAAAGCAAGAACGAUAUCUUACCGGUGUUGAAGUUGAGUUAUAAUCAUUUGCCAUCUUAUUUGCAACGAUGUCUUGCUUUUUUGUCCUUAAAUAGAAAGGAUGAGAUCUAUAACAGUAAUGAAGUCAUCAUAUUUUGGAUGGCAAAUGGAUUACUUGAGCAUCCAAAGCAAAAUCAAGAGUGGGAGGCUGUCGGUGAUCGGCAUUUAGACGAGUUACGGUCAAGGUGCCUCAUCCAAAAAGAGAAGGAUUAUGGCAUGUAUUCUACCUUCAAAAUGCAUGGUUUGAUACAUGAUCUUGCACUGGAUGUAUCACAAAGAGAGUGCAAAACGGUGAAUUCCCCAACAGAGCUUGUUGAUAUAAAUGUACGACAUUUAUCAUUUAUCGAUGAGAAGCUGCUAAAAGUUCCACGCUUGAAGAAAUCGAAAAAUGUUCGAACAGUUAUCAUCUGGGAGGUUAUAGAGGAUUCUCUUAUAAAUCUCUGUAUCUCAAAAUUCAAGUAUCUUCGAGUACUACGUUUAUGUGAUUCAUAUUUGACAGUUUUACCUGAUUCCAUCGGCACCUUGAAGCACUUACGAGACCUCGACUUGACCAAUGGCCGUAAUAUUCGAAAACUUUCGAGAUCUUUCGAUCAGCUUCGGAGCUUGCAAGCAUUGAGAACGAGGAGUGUUCCUUUAAUGCAAAAACAUGGAAAGUUUGUCUGUGCUUCGAUAUUUAGAAAUAACUAUUAA